AUGAGUCCUGCUGGUUGCCAGUACAAACUGGAGAUUAACUUGAAAACAGACACAAGAGGACACAACUGUACCAGAUAUAUCGAUAAUUUCUCAUUUACUAUGACACCAACAGAUCGUGUUUAUAUUAAUUUGCUGAAGGACAAGGACACCACGUCAGGUUUUAAAUUCGAUUUUGAAAUCAAAACUGAAACCAAUGGUCCAAAACUUAAUUUAACUUGUCGAAGUUCUUGGACGAAGCCACUGGUAACAACUCAGACAACAACAACUGUUGGAGGUAAUAGCUUACAGAGUGACAGUACAACAGGUACGUCUUUGACGUCCACACCUGAAACAACUCAGACAACAGCAACUGUUGGGGGUAAUAGCUUACAGAGUGACAGUACAACAGGUACGUCUUUGACGUCCACACUGGUAACAUCUCCGACAACAACAACUGUUGGGGGUAAUAGCUUACAGAGUGACAGUACAACAGGUACGUCUUUGACGUCCACACCUGAAACAACUCAGACAACAACAACUGUUGGGGGUAAUAGCUUACAGAGUGACAGUACAACAGGUACGUCUUUGACGUCCACACUGGUAACAUCUCCGACAACAACAACUGUUGGGGGUAAUAGCUUACAGAGUGACAGUACAACAGGUUUAGAUGUGUAUAGUAGUUUAGAUUCAAGAUACAAUACUUCCGGUGAUUUAAAACCAUAUGAACAUCUACCAAAACAAGAAAACAGCCUAACAGAACACCAGGAAGAUGUACCGCAUAUAGACAACGAUUACGAUAUUGUUGUGGAAGGUUCGAGUCCGGAAAAUGAAAUCGAACUCAACACAAUUCCUCCAAAUAACAGACCUGAUCCACGAAACAAUACUUCUAGUGACUAUAGACCUUACGAACAUCUUCCAAAACAAGAAAAGGAUAUUACUAAGCAACAAGAACAUGUUUCAGAGCUACAGGAAGACGUUUUGUUUACAAACAACGAUUAUAUUGAUGUUGUGGAAGAUACGAGUCCAUAUAAUGAAAUCGAAUGA